AUGGUUCGAAGUAGAAGAAAUUCAUUGGUUCAAGCAAUCGCCGUUCGACCAACUUUAUUGGAACCACAAGAAAAUAGUUUAUUGGAUGACUCCUAUUUGUUAGAAAAUUUACAGAAAUUAGCCAUUGCUAUAAAUGGCUCCAGAGGUAAAGAAAAUUUGUUGUCUACAUCAAUUGAUAAACCUUCAGAGGUGUCUCUAGAUUCGAUUAGUACUCCUGAUAAAUAUUCUCAGUACACUGAUUAUUUAAUUCAAUUGGACGAAAAUAUUAAAGAAUAUGAUAGUAUCUUAAAACAAACUCAUCGAAUUAGUGAUCAAUUGGAAGGCUCAUUGUCCCAAUUUGAUACAAUCUCAGAUCAAGCUUCAGGUUUUAUUAAAGAUACUCAUACAUUAUAUGAUUCGCGUAAAGGGUUCGUUAAAUUAUCAAAAUCCUUGCCUCAAUAUCUAACAUAUUUUGAUAAUUUAGCCCCUAUUAUUCGUCGACUUAAUCAUGCAAGUUCUCCAAAUAUUGUUCGUAAGGAAUCCUUUAAGACAAUGUUGUCAAAUAUUGAUAAAUCUUUGUUUUUCUUUGAAGAGAAUCCAGAUAUAUUAGAGGCAGAAGCUUACAGAAUUAAAUUUAAACAAUGUUUGAUUAGAGCAAGUGAUUUGAUAUCAAAAUAUUCUAUUAAUAAUUUGAAACAGAUUCAAAAUGAGAUUGCUCAAAAAGAUAUAAUGGUAAACAAAAACACAAGAGAGGCUUUAAUUUAUAAUAAAUUUGCAUCAAUCUCAGAUGAUUUCAAACAAAAUAUUACAGCAUUGAUUCAAAGAGUCGAAGAUGAUAAAUACCACAGGUAUAAGGAUGAACUAACAUCAAUCUUGAACGAUACUUUUGAGCAAUAUUUCCAAAUUAGACAUAAAUUUUUAAAUCCAAUUGUAUGGUUACAAGUAGAUGAUACCAUUAUUCGCGAUAAAAAAUUCAGUAUGAUUCAAUUUAUUCAAGAUAACAAGACAUAUUUCCAGCAAUUGUGUAAUAGAGAAUAUAAACUGUUUAUGGAAUUUUUCCCUGAAGAUUAUUUAUGCAAAGAUAAAAUAAAUCAUUGGUUCAUCAAAUUAUGUGAUCCAUUCUAUGUUACCAUUGGUGUGAAAUGUGGUCGUGAAUCAGACAUUGAUAUAUUGUGCGACUCAUUAAUGUUGUUUGAACCGUUUUAUCAAUUUGAAGAGGAUUCUGAAGAAUAUUCAAAACAAUUCAAUGAGGUUCAAUUUGAUAAGAUAUUCUCACCUGUUUUGACUAGAAUUCAAAAUAGAUUAAUUCAAACUGUCAAGAAUUAUAUUCAUAGAACGAUCAUUAGUUAUAAACCAUCUGCUGAGGAUUUUAUGAUCUCCAAUAAAAAAUUGAAAUUACAAGACGAUGAAGCUUUCGUAAAGACAUAUGUUGAAAAUUUUAGAAACGUUAAUCCAGUAACAACCACAUCUGAAACAGCAGAUAAUAAUAGUGCAAUCAUUAUUUCAUCAUAUUAUAUUCCACUAAUUAAAGGUUUAGCGUUAUUGUUUAAGAUUUUUGAAAUGGUUAAUUCUCUAAUUUUUGACCGUUUAGCUCAUCAUACAGUUCAUGCUUGUAUCAUAUCUUUGAAAAAUGCUUAUACAAGUAUUACAAGAAACGAAAGUUCAGAUACCUCUUUAACCCAUAAUUUGGAUAUUAAAUUAUUUUAUUUAAGAAACUUAUUGUUGUUAAGAGAUGAGAUACAAGAAUUUAAUAUUAAAUAUACAUUGAAUACGAAAUCUCUCGAUUUCUCAGGUGUUGAAUCCUUCUUCAAAAAUUAUAAAGCAGGUGAAAUGUCACUAUUUUCAUUGGCUAAAGACUUCGUGCCUAAAGUUGUUGAUAACAUGAUUGAUGCACGUACAGAAUUGGUUCAAGAGUUAAGAAUUUGUAUUAAAGAUUUUACUGAUGUUGCAAGUACAGAUAUUAUUGGUGAUUGUUUGAAGUCUACCGAUUCUGAAAAUUUAACAACUAUAAACAGGGAUUUGACUAGUAAUAUUGAAAACAGAAUUCCAAGAAUAUAUGAACAAAUUUGUCAUUCUAUAGAAGAUAAAGAGAUAGCACAGCAUUUAAUUGAAGCUAUUGAACAAUAUUGCGACGAUCAAUAUUCUGAAUUCCACGACAAAAUAGUCACUUUAGGUGAAGAAUCAAAAUUGUCUAGCGAUGAUGUUCUUCAACUUGUGCAACCUGAAAUUUUUAACCAGACUUUCAAUGUGUUGGUAAUCAACACAUUGAAAGAGAGAAUAACAUGA